AUGAAUCAGCGCGACAGUCUUUACAAGUCGGAACAUGAGCUCGUGGUCUCCACUGCCACGCGGCCCAAGGAGCUCGAGAGGAACUUGUUCAGAUUGGCGCAACGUCAUGUCGAGUUGGGAGUGAAGCCCGCGCACCUCAAAGUCUUCGAGUCUUGUCUCUUCGACCUGCUGGCGACAAACCUUUCUGCAGCUGCCUUCGAAAGCGCCCAGCUGGCCUGGAAGUGGCUAUGGGACAUCGUGGAGAGAACCUUCGUGCAAGUGCUCGUGAAUUGGGAGACCAUGCAGACAUCACUGACGGCCUCGUGGGAGGUCAUUUCGCAGCGUCAAGAUUCUGCAGUAAAAGUGGCAAGGACCUUUCACAACACCCUGUUGGAUCGCGUGAUGGUUUUUCGCAGCAUGUUCAAGAAACGAGACGGGGAGCUAAGUGGGCACCUGAACAUUCGCAAUACCUUCCUCGACUUGGAGGAUGCUCCGUCUCUAGCGGAGCAGAUCCGUGGCCUGCGGAGGGUGAGCUCGUGUCCGGUUUUGGGGGAAAGCCAUAGAGAGGCCCGUGAGGACAAUCCACAGACGGUGCAGACACCAGAAGUCGCUCCGAAGUCUCCUCCCAGCGAGCCACCUGUGCAAGAUCAGGCAAAGGAGCAGAUCGAUCCGACGGAUCAGGCCGCCGCCAGGACGCGGCUGUCCAGCAGUGCAAAGAUGUUCCAGCCAAAGCCGAUGGCAACCGUUCCAGCCCCAAGCACCACCUAUUUCGCCACCCCCCCAAGCAGGACAUACGCCAUGCAAGGGGUGCAAAGCCAGAUGCUCCCCAGCCAACCAUCCGCGUGGGCUUGGAGCCAGCAAUUCCAAAGCCUGCCCGGGACGUGCGAGUCACCGAACCAAAAGGGUCUCUUGCUGAGCACGGGCAGCCCAAGUGUGUCCAUGAAGCCCAAGGUGAUCCUGGGAUCCGCAGCACUUCCCAGUGAAGCUCUUGCUUUGGUUUUUGCCAAAGCUCUCCAGCUGCUGGUGGAUUGUGUCCACGACAGCUCCCUCAUUGAGACGGAACUGGAAAAGAUUUCCGUCAUGCACUGCAAGUUCGACUUGCAAGCAUGGCACUUUGAGAUAUUCGGGCAGAUACUGCUGGAGACGCUGGCAGAAGCUGGUGGACAGGCGUGGUGCAACGACUACACAGAGGCUUGGUCAAUGCUUUACGGCAUGGCUUCGCAGACUUUCCUGGAGGCCAUUGAUAGCUCGCGGACAAGCCUUAGCAGCGCGCUGCUACAAGGUUCCACCAAGAAAGUGAAGGAAGCUCUCAGCAAGGCGCCACGCGGCGAACGCGCGGCCAGUGCUCUCCAAGUAGGAGUUGGGCGGCGACAGCUGUCGCCGCUUCUUUGGGCGCUUCGAGAUAUGCACCUCGAGGUGCUUGAAAUACUUCUCAGCGACAUUCUCACGAUCCGUGCAGACCGGCAGUGCUUCUACUAUGGCGUCGACGAUCUCUGGAAACGCUGCCCUGCGAUUCUCGAUGCUUUGGUAGAGUUUGCCCCGCAUCUACUGGAGCCGCUGCUGGAUGGCCACAUGUGGGUAAGCCGCGAGACCACGGACGGCUUGCGACGAGUCAAUCUCUGGGUGCAGUACAUCUACGGCAACCCUGAAGAGUUGGAGCAUGUGUUCGCAGGUCCCCUGGGGACCUUGGUUGAGCGACUGCCUGAGACACACAUCGAGGUUUUCCGGCACCCCGUCAUCUCGGAGACCGUCAACCUCAAGUGGCACCAGUUUGGACGAAGGCGGCUCAUAGCGGUUUCCCUGCAGCAGAUCACCUGUCUCAUCUCGUACCUUGUCGUCAGUAUGUCCGGUGAUUUGUCUCUUUGGCUACGCCUUUGCGCCUGCGCUCUCUGGGGAACGAUAACUGCCGUUCAGCUGGCGCACGGUUUUUACAUAGCCGCGUGGGAGGCGUGCACCCAGCGGUGCACUUCACUGGACUUCAAGCUUUGCCGGCUCAAGGUGCCACGGAGUCUUUGUCAAUUCUUCGUGCAGCUGCGGCUGGUUUGCUGCCUCCUCUCUCUACUCUUGAUCGAGACCAUGGUGGUGAGCUGCUUCGAUAGCAGCUCAGAUGCGAGCUGCUUGGAUGGAGACCAUGCGUCGCCUCGAGUUCUGUCGGCCAGCGUGGCCUUCCUCCAGUGGAUCCAGAUGGCCGAGCUUUUCAAGCUGCAUGGAAAGAUGGCGGCUGUCGUUUUACUGGGAAAGGCUAUGAUGGAGGAUGCGCUGCGCUUCAUGAUGGGCCUGGGGCUUUGGCUCAUUGCUGUGGGUGCAUCACUGCACAAGCUUCAGGACGAUGAGACCAGGCCACAGAACGGCUUCUCCAGCGCGUACAACUUGUUCGCCCACGUCCUGGGCGUCGGUACAGACACAGACUUGACGUACUACGACUCCACAGAUGCCGUCGAUACAGUUGUUCGCAUCGUGUACUUGGGAGCUUUGUGGGUCUCAGUGGUUCCGAUACUCAACGUGCUUAUCGCGGCGAUGGUGUCAACCUACUCGAAAGCUGAAUCUAUGACGCUGGGCCUUGCGAUCAAGGCCAGGGCAGGCUUCGUGCUCCGCAUGGAGGAUAUGCUUCGAUUCAAACGGCGCUUGCACUUCUUCAAAGACGCUGGCUUCGACACGGCGCUGGCUUUUUCGGAGCACGACAGAGGCCCUAGUGGGGGCAUCUCCAUGAUGUGCGACACCCUCCAACUCAAGGAGCAUGGCAGCUUCGGCCGCCGGGUCGGCGCAGUCCUUUUCUUUUCCGGAGAAACUGGUACAGAUCAGCCUUGGCCGUCCCAUGACAUCCCUCUGCUUGUCAACCAUGUGAACACUGUCUCCGAGAAGCUGCCCUCCCAGGAACUACACCGCGAGCUCCUGUCGGAGCUGCGUGUCAUCCGUGAUGCCACAUCGCGGGCACGCGCCACCCCUGCCUCGCCGGAACCAGUUGCAGCGCCGCCCGUGGAGCUUACCCUGAAAACCUUGGCAGCAUUUGCUGAAGCGGACACAGAUCAGCACUGUUUUUUGGCUGUGGAAGGCCGCGUCUAUGAUGUGGGCGCAUACCUUCCGAAUCAUCCAGGUGGCAGCUCAGUGUUGACGUCGGGACGGGGCCAAGAUGUCAGCGAGCUCUUUCGAGCAGCCCACUCCCAGCUGCCACGGGCACGGGAGACUUUGGCUCAGCUUCCGGUGCUGGGCAUUUUGUCCCACGGCGAUGCCACGCCCGAGAGCACAGGGACGAAGGAAGGCUGGAAAGUCAAUGGCCCCGUCAACUUUUCGGUUUUGCGAUACGUGGCAUUCUUGUCUUGGAAAUUCGACAGCUGGAUUGUGGUAGGUCAUGAGUGGCACUUCAUUCCGUCGGAGGUCACGGCCGGCAGAGUGACAUCAUCCAACAUGGAAGGGCCGCACAAGUUUGUCCGGAAGACAGAAGGCCUUGAGCACGUCGCUCGUCAACUGGUUCGGCGAGAGGGAUGGAACAACUCGGGGUUGCAAGCGCCACAGGGCGCGAGCCCUUUCGCAGCGGCGCCGCAAGGCGGUGCGGCACCGCAGGCGGGGCGCCCCGAUGAGGCGGCGACUGGCCCGAUGCUGGGGAAGGGAUCCGAGCUGCGCAAGCUUUACUACAUGCCUCACAAUAUGGGACAUGGUGAUGCGGUGAACUGCAUGCUUAUGGCAGACGGCAAGAUUUAUACCGGCGGCCGCGAUGAGUACCUCUUCGUUUGGAAGCCGGAUCGAGCAGCUAAUGGCGAGAUACAACUAGCUCAGGACUGUCCUCCCAUCCACCUGGGUGCGAGCAUCACCUCCCUUUUCUACGAACCCACCUCGAAGUGGCUGUUCUGUGGCCUUUGGAAUGGGGAGGUCCGUGCCUUCUGCAAGGAGCCCAUGCGGGAUGACCGACUGCAAGGCCACCGGCGCUCAGUCACCGCACUGCAGGUGCACAGUGGCGUACUCAUCUCCGGAUCCAACGAAGGCACAGUGCGGCUUUGGACCUUCAACGGCCAGAGCUUUCAGCCGCAUGGGCAGCCUUUGACGAACCCAAGUGGUCCAGUCACAGCCGUGCGUGUGCUGAACGAUGCCUUGUGGGUUGGUGGCUACGAGGGCAUCACAUGCUUCGAUCUCGGUUCUCUACAGGCUCGAGGAACCAUCCCUUCCUCAAACCAUGUGACAGGUUUGCUGGACUUCCAGGGCUUCAUGAUUGCCACCUUCCGAAACGGAGAGGUCAACAUUUACGAUGCGUCUGGGUCGCAGAUUUUUCACCGACCGCCGAGUGGAGAGCAUGUGUCUAACACAGCGCUUGAGCUGAUGGUGCAUCCAUCGACACAAAAGCCCUUGCUGCUUUGCGGCCAAGUUCAGGGAUACAUCACCGCAUUCGACCUGCCAGAGUUCCGUCCGCGCGGGAGCUUCUGCGUGAAGGAGCGCAGCGACGUCAAGGCCAUCGUGGACGUGAAGAGCGAUGGCAUGUUCGCGACAGCUGGUCUGCAUGGUGAUAUCUGCAUUUGGCAGUGGGGUGCUCCAGUGGGCGGUGCAUCGGCAAAUCCCUUUGGGGGCAAGGUGCAGCUUGUGGUGGGAUGGCGAUGUGACAAGGCCGUUGUGGUUGCGUCCUCCCGAGUCUUGAUGCAGGCGUUCAUGAGGCAGUUCGUAAAGCGACAGUCCGAAUCCACUCUUUGCGGCAUCUUCGUGUCGUCGCUGGCAGACCAGGGCGCGAGCCCUUUCGCACCGGCGCCGCAAGGCGGUGCGGCACCGCAGGCGGGGCGCCCCGAUGAGGCGGCGACUGGCCCGAUGCUGGGGAAGGGAUCCGAGCUGCGCAAGCUUUACUACAUGCCUCACAAUAUGGGACAUGGUGAUGCGGUGAACUGCAUGCUUAUGGCAGAUGGCAAGAUUUAUACCGGCGGCCGCGAUGAGUACCUCUUCGUUUGGAAGCCGGAUCGAGCAGCUAAUGGCGAGAUACAACUAGCUCAGGACUGUCCUCCCAUCCACCUGGGUGCGAGCAUCACCUCCCUUUUCUACGAACCCACCUCGAAGUGGCUGUUCUGUGGCCUUUGGAAUGGGGAGGUCCGUGCCUUCUGCAAGGAGCCAAUGCGGGAUGACCGACUGCAAGGCCACCGGCGCUCAGUCACCGCACUGCAGGUGCACAGUGGCGUACUCAUCUCCGGAUCCAACGAAGGCACAGUGCGGCUUUGGACCUUCAACGGCCAGAGCUUUCAGCCGCAUGGGCAGCCUUUGACGAACCCAAGUGGUCCAGUCACAGCCGUGCGUGUGCUGAACGAUGCCUUGUGGGUUGGUGGCUACGAGGGCAUCACAUGCUUCGAUCUCGGUUCUCUACAGGCUCGAGGAACCAUCCCUUCCUCAAACCAUGUGACAGGUUUGCUGGACUUCCAGGGCUUCAUGAUUGCCACCUUCCGAAACGGAGAGGUCAACAUUUACGAUGCGUCUGGGUCGCAGAUUUUUCACCGACCGCCGAGUGGAGAGCAUGUGUCUAACACAGCGCUUGAGCUGAUGGUGCAUCCAUCGACACAAAAGCCCUUGCUGCUUUGCGGCCAAGUUCAGGGAUACGUCACCGCAUUCGACCUGCCAGAGUUCCGUCCGCGCGGGAGCUUCUGCGUGAAGGAGCGCAGCGACGUCAAGGCCAUCGUGGACGUGAAGAGCGAUGGCAUGUUCGCGACAGCUGGUCUGCAUGGUGAUAUCUGCAUUUGGCAGUGGGGUGCUCCAGUGGGUGGUGCAUCGGCAAAUCCCUUUGGGGCCUCUACUGUGCAAGGUGCUGUUGCCUCGAGUCCUUUCGCCCCUGGCCCAGGGCAAGGUGCAGCUUGUGGUGGGAUGGCGAUGUGA